UUCGUCGCGUUGGUUACGACACUUUUCGGUACGCGCAACAUCUGUCGCCGGAGCAGAGUCGAUUCCACCAGGUCACCACCACUUGGUAUCGCAAUUUACGACAUGAAAAACUGGCUGAAGAUCUCGCUGCUGCUGUGCACGUUCGGGUUUUUCCGGGAACUUCGACCCUCGGAGCCGUACGUCACGGAGUAUUUGUCCUCGGACUACGGAAAUCUGACCAUAGAAACGAUCUACCAGGAUGUGUACCCCUUCGGCACCUACUCGGUGCUGGCCCAGUUGGUCAUUGUGUUUCUCAUCACGGACCUGGUGCGCUACAAGCCGGUUAUCGUGCUGUCGGCGCUGGCCGGGAUUACGCUCUUCACGCUGCUCAUCUGGACGGAAACCGUGAGGAUGUUGCAAGUUGCCCAGCUCUUUUUCGGCACCUUCACGGCCGCGGAGGUGGCCUACUACACGUACAUGUACGCCAAGGUGGACAAGGAGCAGUACCAGAUCGUCACGGGUCACACGAGGGCUGCCAUCCUGAGCGGAAAGUUCCUGGGCGGCCUGUUGGCUCAAGUUCUGGUGUCCACCGACAGCAUGAACUACCGCCAGCUGCACUACAUCUCGCUGAGCACUCAGCUCAUCUCCUUGGCGGUGUCCCUUUUCCUUCCUGGUGUUCCCCGAAGUCUCUACUUUUAUGCUGCCGCGGACAAGAAUCCACCUGCCGGUGGAGAGGUGACGACUCCCAGAUUCUCCUUUUCCAACGCAUGCCGCCUCUUGUGGUACCAUCUCGUCUCAUCCUACUCCAAUCCCGUCGUGCUGCAGUGGAGCCUGUGGUGGGCACUGGCCACGUGUGGUCAAAUUCAGGUUAUCUCCUACAUUCAAUUCCUGUGGAAAGAGGUGGCCCCGGAUCACCUGAGCGUUUAUAAUGGCGGAGUGGAGGCCACGGCCACUCUGCUUGGCGCCAUCGGAGCAAUUCUCGCCGGCUUGCUCAACUCCAAUAAGCGCCGUGGAUCCUACAUGUUGGGCAUAUCCAUGUGUGCCGCUGUCCUGGGAGCCCUGCUCAUCUAUGCCGCCAAGACGCAGCAAAUCUGGGUGGCCUAUGUGAACUACGUGCUCUUCUGCGCCGUCUUUUUCUUCAUCAUCACAGUGGCGGGUGCGGUGGUGGCUGGCAAUCUGGUGGAGGACAGUUUUGGACUGAUCUUCGGCAUCAACACGCUGGCUGGACUGCUCCUUCAGACCAUCCUGACCGUUGUGGUGGUGGAGAAUGUGGGCUUUGGUCUGGGACCACGCGAUCAGUACGUGGUGUAUGGCAGCUACUUCCUAGUUUUGGGGGGAAUCUACCUAAUCGGGUCCGUUCUGGCGAAAUUCUUCUGCAGAACUAGAAUAGCAAGUGAGAAUAAUGGGGUUCCCUUAACCUAAACUAGAAUGAGUUUUAAACAGGUUAUUAAUAGGUUGAAAUUAAGAUAAUUCCUUAGAUUCCUUUAACGCAAUUUUGUUGAAACAAGAUUUUGUUGUAAAAAGAAAGAAAUCGACUGAUUGUUCAGUUAAUACUCGGGAAUACGAACUUUUUUUCUUUUAAUUUAGUUUAAUUUAAUAAAAUUUUUCCACAAAAAUUAACAUUAAACGUAUUAUGUUUGUAUACACAGAUAAAUUAAGAUAACGAAUAUAAUCUAAAUAAUUAUUUUCCGUACUGCAUCUGAUUGAUCAAGACAGCUUACAACAUUCAUUAGUCCCUUAAGCUUUUCCUUCGCUCCAUCCUACAGGUAAAAAAUAAAUAUUUUAAUCAAAAAUAGCAAAAUAAUAAACAAAAAAUGAAAGAUUUUAUAUUACA